AUUCUGGAGGACAGUUUGUUCAUUUUUUUCAUCUGUACGCGUCCGCGCCAAAUAAUAAUAAAAAAAGAAGCUGAAGGAAAGAAAGUAGUGCGACGGAUAACGGAAAGGACGAUUGGAAAAAGGGGACGAAUCGAAGGAUGAAUGUAUGAGAUGCAGUGAAGAACAGAGCAAGGAGACCAGACGAGUCAAGCAAGGUGUUUCCCAGUUUUGAGGGUGUGAGGAGAGAAUCGGGCUCCUUUUAAAGUGUCUGGCUGUUGGCCUGUCUCACCCGGCUCUGUCCCAUCAUGGCUCUGGCUCUCUGGCUUCUCUGCACCUGUGCCAUCACCCUCAGCAACAUCGCUCCCUCUGCACAAGCAUUAAGUCGUUCCAUGAUGCCUUUCGGCCUAAUGAGGAGAGAGCUGGCGUGCGAGGGUUACCCCAUCGAGCUCCGGUGCCCAGGCAGUGAUGUCAUCAUGAUCGAGACAGCCAAUUACGGCCGGACCGAUGACAAGAUCUGUGAUGCCGACCCCUUUCAGAUGGAGAACGUGCAGUGCUACCUUCCCGAUGCCUUUAAGAUCAUGUCACAGAGGUGUAAUAACCGAACCCAGUGUGUGGUGGUGGCUGGGUCCGACGUGUUUCCUGACCCCUGUCCCGGCACCUACAAAUACCUGGAGAUUCAAUAUGAGUGUGUGCCAUACAAAGUGGAUCAAAAAGUUUUUGUCUGUCCCGGGACUUUGUUGAGAGUUCAGGCAGCGAGUUCUCAGCAGGAAGCGGAACAUCAGUCAGGGGCGUGGUGUAAAGACCCACUGCAGGCAGGCGAUCGACUCUACGUCAUGCCGUGGACCCCGUACCGGACAGACAUGCUGUUCGAAUAUGCAUCAUGGGAUGACUACACGCAGAAUCGGCCCACCACCACAUACAAGUUGCCAAAUCGAGUGGACGGCACUGGUUUUGUGGUGUAUGACGGCGCAGUCUUCUACAACAAGGAACGCACACGGAACAUCGUCAAGUACGACUUGCGCACACGCAUCAAAAGUGGCGAGGCCAUCAUCGCCAACGCCAACUACCAUGACACGUCACCGUACCGCUGGGGGGGCAAGUCUGAUAUCGACCUAGCAGUGGAUGAGAAUGGCUUGUGGGUCAUCUAUGCUACUGAAAGCAACAACGGCCGUCUUGUGGUCAGUCAGGUAAAUCCAUACACGCUGCGUUUCGAGGGGACGUGGGAGACGAAUUUCGACAAGCGCCUGGCAUCCAAUGCCUUCAUGGCAUGCGGAGUGCUAUACGCCGUGCGCUCAGUCUACCAGGACGAUGACAGCGAGGCUGGUGGGGACCUGGUGCUGUACGCCUACAACACCAACCGCAACCAGGAGGAAGCCGUGCACAUCGCCUUCCCCAACCCAUACCAGUACAUCUCCUCUAUCGACUACAAUCCCCGCGACAACCAACUCUACGUGUGGAACAAUUACAAUGUGCUGCGCUACCCGCUGGAGUUCGGCCCUCCAGAUCCCACUACAGGACCACUUGCCACCACUCAAAUGUCCAGCACCACUGCAUCCAGGUCGUUCUCCUCCACCCCCAGCCCUUCCACCACACGCCCACUUCCCGUCACUGCUCACCCCAUCGGUGCCAUAAACAAAGCCCCAGAGCUGCGACCCAUUACAGCCACGGUGCCUGUGACCCGUCGUCCACCCCGUCCACGCCCGCGCCAACCCCAGAUCCCCGAGCUGCAAGAAGUGUGUGAGGCAAGUGCAGCACGAGGUGUACAGUGGCCAACCACGAAGAGCAGCGAGACAGUUGAACGACCCUGCCCAAAAGGAUCACUGGGUAUUGCAUCAUACCAGUGCAUGACCUCUCCAGUGCAAUGGAACCCACGAGGUCCUGAUCUUAGUAACUGCACUUCUCCCUGGGUCAACCAGGUGGCCCAAAAGAUUAAAAGUGGUGAGAACGCAGCAAACAUUGCAGGUGAGCUGGUAAACCAUACCCGAGGUCGGAUCCACGCCGGGGACGUCAGCUCGUCUGUACGGCUAAUUGAGCAGCUGCUGGACAUCCUAGACGCUCAGCUACAACCUCUCAGACCUGGAAACAAAGAGUCCGCUGCUCGCAACUACAACAAAUUACAGAAGAGGGAACGGACCUGUCGGGCGUACAUUCAGGCGGUAGUACAGACGGUGGAUAAUCUGCUGAGAGCCGAGGCUCUGGAUUCUUGGCGGGACAUGAACAGCAGUGAGCAGGCUCACACUGCCACCAUGCUGCUGGAUGUAAUGGAGAAAGGAGCUUUUCUGCUCGCCAACAACAUGUACGCCAACCGCUUCAGCGACCAUGCAUCCAACAUCGAUUUGGAAGUUCACAUCCUGAACACAGAGAUGGAUCUACAGGAUCUGUCCUUUCCCCAGAGUAGCUACGGCGACAGCAGCAUCCAGCUCUCGGCCUCCACCGUGAAACAGUACAGCCGCAACGGUCAGGUGAAGGUCGUCUUCUUGCUGUAUAAGAAUCUGGGUGCCUUCCUUUCUACGGAAAAUGCCACUGUAAAGAUGGAGGUGGACACAGGACCGAGUGGGCAGAGUUUAGCUGUCAACUCACAUGUCAUUGCAGCGUCAAUCAACAAAGAGUCCAGCCGGGUGUUUCUAACCGUGCCCGUAGUCUUCACCUUAAAGCACCUGCAGUUGGACAACCAUUUCAGUCCGAACUGCUCGUUCUGGAACUACUCGGAGCGUUCAAUGACGGGUCAGUGGUCGUCUCAGGGCUGCAGGCUGCUGAAUACAAAUCACACUCAUACCACCUGCUCCUGCUCCCACCUCACCAACUUUGCUGUGCUUAUGGUGCAGCACGAACCCACUUACCAGGGCAGAAUGCAUGAGCUGAUCCUGUUUGUGAUCACGAGGGUUGGCAUUUUCAUUUCACUGGUUUGUCUGGCCAUCUGCAUCUCUACCUUCUGCUUUCUGAGAGGCCUGCAGACAGAUCGCAACACCAUUCACAAGAACCUCUGCAUCAACCUGUUCAUCGCUGAGCUUCUCUUCCUCGGCAUCGACAAGCCUCAGUACCAGAUUGCAUGCCCUAUCUUUGCCGGCCUCCUUCACUUCUUCUUCCUGGCUGCUUUUUCGUGGAUGUGUCUGGAGGGAGUGCAGCUCUAUUUGAUGCUGGUGGAGGUGUUUGAGAGCGAGUAUUCCAGAAAGAAGUACUACUACCUGUGCGGCUACUGCUUUCCAGCUUUGGUGGUGGGCAUCUCGGCGGCCAUCGACUACCGCAGCUAUGGGACCAAGAAAGCGUGCUGGCUGCGGGUGGAUAACUACUUCGUUUGGAGCUUCAUUGGUCCCGUGUCCUUCAUUAUUGUGCUCAACCUGGUGCUACUGAUGGUUACUCUGCACAAGAUGUUGCGCAACUCAUCUGCCCUUAAGCCUGACUCAAGCCGCUUGGACAACAUCAAGUCCUGGGCUUUUGGUGGCAUCACUCUGCUCUUCCUUCUGGGAUUGACCUGGGCUUUUGGCCUCCUUUAUAUUAAUGAGAAGACAGUUAUCAUGGCCUACCUGUUCACUACUUUCAAUGCUUUACAGGGCAUGUUUAUCUUCAUCUUCCACUGCGCCCUGCAGAAGAAGGUUCAUAAGGAGUACAGUAAGUGCCUUCGUCACUCAUACUGCUGCGGCCGUGCAUCCAGCUCCAGCUCUCACGGCUCUCUAAAGAACUCAGCACUGCGUACCAACAACCGAUACUACACCAGCAGCCAGGCCCGGCAUGCAGCCGCACACAGACAGAGUCGAAUCCGUCGUAUGUGGAACGACACAGUAAGGAAGCAGACCGAGUCCUCCUUCAUGGCAGGAGACAUCAAUAGCACUCCCACCCUAAACCGUGCUGCAAUGGGGAAUCACCUGUUAGCAAACCCGGUGCUACAGACACGGACAGCCACGUCUCCCUACAACACUCUGCUGACUGAGAGCUUCACCCCUCCUUCACCCGGGGUCUUCAAUUCCACUGGAACCUUUCGUGAUCCAAAAAGCACUAUGGCUAGGAAUCGGGACUGCGGUGGAAUGGAGACUCUGCCGCUGAACGGAAACUUUAACAACAGCUACUCGCUGCGCGUGGGCGGCCCGGGUGGUCAAGGGGGCAGCUGUGACUUUCUGGGCGGUCCGUCCGACGAAAGUCCGCCUCCUUUGUUGAACCCGCGUGGGGCGGAGACUCUCGGUGGGAUCCGACGCAACCUCUCGGACGCCGUUGCCUUUGAGAAAAUGAUCAUCUCUGAGCUGGUGCACAGUAACCUCCGGCAAGGUGGCGGGGACCGGCUGGGCGGCACCUUGGCCCGAGCACGUGCAGGCGGGCCGAGCGGGGCAGGGGGUGCCGUCGAUCGUGCGGCAGCAGAACAUGAAGUAGAGGAGGUGCCAGAGCAGCGUCAGAGGACGCCUCAGGAUGUGGAGCUGUUGUACAAAGCUCUGGAGGAGCCUUUGCUGCUACAGCAGGCUCAAUCUGUGCUCUACCAGAGCGACGCAGAGGAAAGUGAGAGCUAUACAAAUGGAGCCAAUGACAGCCAUGGACACAGUGUAAAGGGUGCCGCCCCAGGCCCGGAUUCUCCCGCCCAGGACUCGCUGUACACCAGCAUCACCAAUCUGCGAGACUCGCCGUACCCGGACAGCAGCCCUGACGAGCUCUAUUACAGCUCAGGGAGACCUCCUCUGGGCAGUGCCAUGCAUACCUUUUAUCCAACGUCCGCCUCGCGGCCCAGCGUGGACACCCACGCACACACCCACAAUCCUCCCGAACACCAACACUCUGAGGGCGAUGGACAGAUGCAGCUGGUCACCAGUCUGUGACUGUAAAGGCUGCUGAUGAACUCUUCCUUACCCUCACCGAGACUCUUGCGACAUUUCUGUUUCUUUAUUUUCGUAAGGGAAAAGUGUGACCAGAAAGGAGUCGCAGCUUGGUCUCCGUGGCAGCUUAGUUUCCAGGGUCUCUGUGGCAGCGGUUGUAAGGCAGCUUCUCAUUCUCACACUCCUCCAGUCGAUUUCCCUCAUGUCCGCUGUCCAUCCCUCUUUGAAGUCGAGGAUAUGUUCGACCACCACCCGUAGAUUUUGUUUUCAUUUUGUAUAUCGUAUUUUCAGUUCCCCGUUUUUUUAAUCCCUUUCAUUAUUCGACGAGCUGUUAUGUGAGGAGAAACGGCUUAGCUGUUCCUCAUGGCAUGAAAACAACUCUCUGUGUUGAUCCGAAAGCUCUUCAGUGUUGCCAAAAAUAGUUUUUUGAGCCAGACCACAAAACUAGAACGCGCACAAACACGGACACUCAAGUGCUUGUUACUGAUCGUCAGACCACGAACAACCCCUGGAGGCUGCUUCUGUGGAGUUGCCUUUAUUUCCUUCGCCUACUCUCAAAGGACUUGCUUUUUUCGGAUGGACUCGGAUGUACAGAACUUGACUUUACGCAAUCAAACUAGUACGUUUUGCAACCAUAGACGAACCAUUUUAGCAUUUCUUUUGGUGGGAGAAGAAAGAACCCACCCUCUUGACAGCUUACGGAUGUCUCUAAGGUGGACUUUGCACCUUUUUUUGUGUUACCGGGUCUUGGAGAAGAUUUCUUUUUUUGCAUUUUCCAAGCCUAACUGCUGUAGAUACAGACUAUCAAACAAAUCUAACGCCAAUCCUAUACUGUAAAUAGAGACCAGAUAAACAAAAGCAACAAAAGUAUCGACUGCUAUGAGAGCUACUGAUUUCUUGUACUGCGUCUAAACAAUACAAGAGUGAAAAACUGAAAUAAAGGGGACGCUAUGUCAAUU